GCGGCGGCGGCAGCAUGGUCCCAGCCCCCGCACCCACCGCCGUGGCCAGCCGCGGGAACUACAACCGGACACAGAGUUACGGCGCUCCACGUACGCCCAGCUACAGCAAAAGCAGCUACAGUCCGGGACAGCAGAGCUACAGUCAGGGUUAUGUCCAAGGCUACAGUCAAGGCUACAAUCAGAACUACAACUACGGGAACUACAGCAACUACGACAGCUACACCCAGGGUUACAGCCAACAUCCGCCCCAGGCGACGACACAAACCUACAGCCAGCAGUACCCCAGCCAGUACCAGCAGUACGCUCAACAGUGGAACCAGUACUACCAGAACGAGAGUCAGUGGAACCAAUAUUACGGGAACUACACGUACGGGAACUACUCCGGAGGUUCGCAGGGCUCCGGCUCGCAGUAAACUCCCGCCGCCCCC